AUGAGCGCCGCCGCCGCCACCGGCGCGGCCAUCCUCGGCGAGGUAUCCGGCGCCUCCGCCCGCAGAGUCCACGCGCGGGCGCUGAAGCUCGGGCUCCUCCCCUCCGGCCUCCACCUCUGCUCCGCGCUCCUCAGGGCGUACGCCGCCUCUGGCCGCCUCGCCGCCGCGCGCCAGCUGUUCGACGAAAUCCCGAGCCCGGACGUCCCGCUGUGGAACACCCUCCUGUCCAGCCUCGCGCGUUCCGGGUGCCUCCACCACGCGCUGCUGGCGGCCUCCUCCAUGGCGCGCGCGGGUUCACGGCCGAACAACGUCUCCGUCACGAGCCUCUUGUCCGCGUGCGCGCGGCUGGGGAGCUCGGUGCACGGGAGAGAGCUCCAUGGCUACGCGGUGAGAAACCUCGCUGCUCUUGAUUUGCCCUUGCUCAAUGCUUUGGUCAUCAUGUAUGGGAGAUGCAAGCGGCUUGCGGAUGCGAGGAGAGUGUUCAUCGGCAUAGGGAGUAUGAAGAGCAUGGUUUCUUGGACUUGCAUGAUCAAUGCUUGCUGCGAGAAUGGAUGCCCAGCAGAGGCACUGAAAGUGUUUGAGGAGAUGAUGCUUGCUGGGGUCAAGGUCGACGAGGUCACCCUUCUUGCAGUCAUUUCAGCUUGCACAAUGUUGGACUGCAGGUCAGAGCUGGGAGAGUGGGUGGAGGAGUAUGCGCGCGAGAAUGGAUUCUUGGAGACUACCUGUGUCGCCCAUGCGCUCAUACAUAUGCACGGUAAGAUGGGAAGGGUGAGGAGAUCAUGUGAGAUAUUUGACUCGAUCAGUGUGAGGACAAUUGUCUCAUGGACAGCCAUAAUACAGGCCCUCGCCGUGCACGGCCAUGGCAUGGCUGCUCUUGUCCGGUUUUCGCAGAUGCUCAGACAGGGUUUCCAGCCUGAUGAAAUUGUGUUCUUGAGCAUGAUCAAUGCCUGUGGUCACUCCAGGCUAGUCAAUGAAGCGCGCCAAUUGUUCAAGUCCAUGAUUGAAGAGUAUCACAUCACACCUUGGAUGGAGCACUAUGGGAGCAUGGUGGACCUGCUGUGCAAAUCCGGUAUGUUGGAAGAGGCAUUUGAAUUCGUCCUGGCUAUGCCAGUGAGGCCUGACCCUGUAAUAUGGCGUGUAUUGACUGGAGCUUGUCGGGAUCAAGGAAAUGCCGUUCUCGCGAGGAAGGUGAUUGAUCAUGUUAUCGAUGUGGAACCUCAUCAUGGGGGAAAUUAUGUGCUAGCGUCAAACUUGUAUGCUGCCAAUGAGGAUUGGCGACGUGUUGUGGAUGUAAGGAUGGAGAUGGGAGUGUGGAAAGGGACUUCAAGAUACACUACUGGUAUGUCCUAUGUUGAAGUCAAUGUUGAAGAAAAUGCUGAAAGUUUACCUUCUAUAAAUGAUGCAUGAACAUGAUUAUUUUCAGCAAGCUAUGGUCACACUGAAAUCUUCAGUUUCUGGGCUCAGUAUAUUCAAUUUUGUAAUUUAGGACUUUAGGUAGAAAGAGCAUCAAACCUCAAGGUGUCAAAUUGAAUUUUCUUCCUUUCUCUUAUUGAGAAUUUUAUUUGAUGAUUUCGGGCACAAAAUUUCAUCAAACAACUUUGUCUAUUGGACAUGUUAAACAAAUCAGAUCAUAAGUGCACACAUAUAUGUA